GAGAUGUGCAUGGGUGACUGCAAACACGUCACGUAACUCACGUGCCUAUGAACACUAAUCAAUAUCCACGUUCGAAAUAUGCAUCAUUUCAUUAUAUUAGGCCUAUCAUUGCCAACACGUAAGCUACAGACCGAUUAUUAUAUUGGUUCAUCUUCGAAGUACGCUGUAUUUAGAAACACACCUGGGCAGGUGACACGAUUCUGAGGAAACAGCAAAAGCAUAGCGGCCCAAAUUUGUUCAUCUAAUUUGCCUUCCAAAGUUUCAGCUGAACUAAGUGAGGAAAUCAGUCGUCAUGAUUGUAGACUUGGUUCGUGAUGUGUUCGACGUUGGUUUUAGCAGUAUUUUGUUAGGAAUAGCGACGACGCUUGUGCUUGUAUGGAUGAUGAAAUGGAUGUCGACACGAAGAAGGCUAAAUCUGCCACCGGGGCCGAUGGCCAUGCCGUGGCCGUUGAAUUUCGUGAUGGACUUAUUAUUGCUACUUCAAGGUACCAACCCGUAUGUAAUGCUCCGGAAGCUGACUGAAAGAUACGGCGAGAUCCUUUACCUCGUCGAAGGUGGACGUCGUUUUGUAUUUCUUGCUAGCCCCGAGCUCGUCAAUGAGGUUCUUGUCAAACAGGCUGACAUCACAUCCGGAAGAGAAGACUCCUGGGAACUCAAAGCAGUCACCCAUUAUCAUGGCGGAAUUGUUUUCUCGGAAGGAGACGACUGGAAACAACACCGACGCUUUGGUCUCGCUGCGCUUCGUAACUUCGGAAUGGGGAAAAAAUCUCUCGAGAACUCGAUCAACACGGAAGCUCGGAUAUUAAAUGAGGUUUUAUCGGGUAAGAUCGGCAAGCCAUUCGAUCCUUCCUUUGUAAUAAACAACGCUGUAUCAAACAUCAUCUGUGCCAUUACGUUCGGUCGACGAUUCGAAUACUCGGAUCCCAAAUUCAAAGAGAUGAUUCAACGGAUCAACUUAUUUGCUGCCGAAGAUCCGGGUAUCCUGUCGGACCUCCCUACCUUCAUCAGCACGGCUCGCCGAAGGAAUCUUUUGGAAGUCCGGAAGUUCCUGGAGGAGGAGAUCAAUGAGCAUAAGUCGACCUUUGAACCCAGUGACGUCAGAGAUGUCAUUGAUUUGUACUUGAAGGAAAUAUAUCGAGCGCGGGAAGCGGGUGAGAAGAAUGAACUGGAUUUGACGAAAGCAUGGCCACUCGUCUUCGAUUUCUUCUUGGCGGGGACGGAAACGACAUCGACCACGCUGCUUUGGGCUUUCCUGUUGAUGGCAGGCCAUCCAGAAGUUCAGGAAAAGAUUGUAGCUGAGAUAAGCUCAGUCAUCGGGUCUGGUGCCACGCCCCGAUACGAGGACCGUAAAUUGAUGCCUUACACGGAGGCAACGCUCGUCGAGGUUCUCCGCUACCGCCCAAUCGCCCCUAUCGGUGUUCCACAUCGGGCAACGUCUGAUCUAAAGGUCAAAGGUUACGAUAUAGUUGAAGACGUCAUUAUUGUUAUUAAUAUCCUGCAUAUUCACCAUGACCCUAAGAUAUGGGGUGACCCGGAAGUUUUCCGACCUGAGCGUUUCCUGACAGAGGACGGGACGGCGUUAAUUAAACAUGAAGCUUAUAUGCCAUUUGGAGUAGGGCGUCGAGUUUGCCUUGGUGAGCAGUUAGCUAAGAUGGAGUUGUUUCUAUUCUUCACCAACAUUCUUCAGAAGUUCAAGAUCACCAUGCCUCCUGGUGUGCAGCCGAACUAUGACUUUGGGCAUCGUGCUUUAACGACGCUGGUUCCUAAGGCAUACGAGAUCAUACUGGAAGAGCGUUAGAGGGCGCCCAUCAGGGGGGCGUUUCACAAAACUUGUCAUCCGUGACAAAUGUCAGUUUUUGUUAUAAGCUACUGAAAUCCUUGCUUCUGAUUGGUUAUCAGCAGAGUUGUCACUGGUUUUUGUCAUUUGUCGUUGAAAAAAGGCUUUGUGAAACGCCCCCCCCCCCCCCCACCUUCCAGGUUUAUGGAUUUCUUCAUAGCGUAUCCGGUAGCGUAUUAAGAGAGGAUAUGUAUUGAUAAUAGUUGUAAUAUUAUGCGCAUACACGUGUGUGCGAACGCGAUUCUAAGGUUAAUCAUGAGCUCCGAAUAGU